GGGUGACGGGGGGACUCCGUCCGGGCUCUUGCGAUCAACUCGCGGCUCCGCCUCACCGCUCCCUCGGCUCCCCGAGGCUUCCUCCACACCUCCUCUGCGCUCCCGUUACCCCGCGCGGGUGUCGUCGCGGUUGCUCUGGGGUCUGGCGGCGUCUGCUAGAAUCCGCUGGGAUUCGCGUACGGCGUUCUUGGGGUUGGUGGGUGGGGUUUGCGCCGGGGAGCCGCCCGGAUACCGCGCCUCGGCUAGUUGUCCUGCCCGGGGAGGCGCCCCUCGUCCCGCAGGGCCGUGCGCGGCGAGACGUAGGCCCGCCUUCGGGACCCGCCCAGGCUCUGGGAUAUGGGAGUCUAGUCCUGAAAGAGCCAAGCCCUGGUGUUGGAGGAGGCCAUGGAUGGCCUCAAGGAGACCGAGGAGGGGGGCAUUGGGAAUGCAGAGCUGGGCUCCGAGGGCACGAGCAUCGUGUGCAAGCUGUGCCUGGGCGACACGGCACCGGCAGAUGUCACAGCUCUACAGACGUGCCGUUGUGUCUACUGCACACAAUGCAUGGGGCGCUACGUGGAGCUGGAGAUCUCGAAGGGCUUGGGGGAGCCCAUCACUUGCCCGGAUGCCGCGUGUCCCAUCACAGGCCUUCUCUCCCAGGCUGAGAUUGAGAAGCUGACCUCGACAGAGAUGGUAGACAAGUACAAGAGGUUUCAGUUUGAGCAAGAGGUUCACCUGGACCCCGCGCGGCGGUUCUGCCCAUCCCCGGGCUGCCAGGCCGCGUGCCGCGUGCCGGACGGCUGCUCGCCGGGAUCGGCGGCGCGCGUACUCUGCGCCGCGUGCCACCACGAGUUCUGCGCAGCGUGCGGGGUGGCGUGGCACGGCGGGGGGCGGCCCUGUGCGGACCACGGCACCGCCACGGCAGCGGGCCCCGGGGGGGCAGCGCGGGGCAGGGGACGAGGGGGCAGCAUGGUGGGAGCGGCCGCCGCGCGGGCGACGCGGGACUCCAGCGCUCUGCUGGGGGAGCUGUCGGAGGCACCCAUCAAGCGCUGCCCGGCGUGCGGGGUCCUCAUCGAGCGCAACGAGGGCUGUGCCCAGAUGAUGUGCGGCAAGUGUCGCCACGCGUUCUGCUGGUACUGCCUGCAGUCGCUCGACGGAGACUUCUUGUUGAGGCACUAUGACCGCGGACCUUGCAGAAACAAGCUGGGCCACACACGCGCCUCUGUGCUCUGGCAUCGAACCCAGGUGGUGUGCAUCUUUGCGGGGCUGGGCGUGCUACUUAUCGCCGCCUCUCCCUUCCUGCUGCUGGCGGCGCCAUGCGUGCUGUGCGCGCGUUGCCGGCCCCGCUGCCUUCGCAAGCGCCGUGGCACCGACGCCAACGCGCCCUCCUCCUGAGAGCCGUGGCACCGCGGGCACCGUCCGUCUCUGCUCUAGCAGCCUCCCACCCACUGCAGGGGCAGUGCGGGGGUCACGGGGGUGGUCUAAACGGAGCGAUCAGUUGGUCCAAGCCAUAGGAUCGGAAUUCUCAACACUGGCUCAGGACCGCUUACGGAGAUGAAACACCGUUACCGAAUGCUCGAUUUGAGCAGGGACUCUUUGACUUGACUUUUUUUGGCAUCAUAUAAAGUACGUAGUGUUGUGUUUUAAAUUUAAUUCGGUGUGCUUUAUGUAGGAGUAAAGCAAAGGGCCUUGUUAGGAGACUGGGUGUGGGUGCGGUGUUCGGAUCGUUCACCGUUGAGCCAGACCUGAUGGCUCUGUUCCUACUACAGCUGUUUCAUCACGAUCGUUGGAACAGGGGGAGAUGCUUUGAUGUAAGCGACUUGACUUUGGAAGACAAACAAAACUUGAGUUGGUGGCAUACUUCUAAACCAGUGCAUUGAGGUCAGGAGUUGGUGGAGAACGUGUGGCAAUCCCAGUGCGGUUAAGACUCCCAAUCUACUUGGCUACAAUGUGCUCAGAUGUCAUUGCAGCCAUGCCCUCCGCUUGCACGCAUAUGUGUUCUCCAGUUUAACCCCCUGCAUUCGAAAGGAAUUUGCCCAACAUUCCAAUGCAGAAACCUAGUUACAAAGUAAGUUCUUGCAUAUUUAUUUUCUUGUAAGUUUUUGAGCUGACCGUUGUGCAGCUGAUUAAUGAUGUCAGAUGACACCAGGAGCUUUUUUCUUUGUCUACCUUGAGAAGGCCCUUUGUCAAGGUAGACGUCGCACCAAUUGCCUCCGUCACAGCCAGCAAUCGAACCUGUGUCGUGUGGAUUGUUGCGCAGCGUGCUCCCUAACCCCAAUCGCCGCAUGAUACUCUUUGGGUACGUGCUGUUAGCGAGCGUUAGGCGGAGGCAACCUAGGAGAGAUGCAGGACAGAUUCGGACAGUGCUCGUGUUGCCUGUCAUGGCUAGAAAUUGAACCGGGUGUCAAGAAAUGUAGCGCACUGCGCUAACCCAUGGUCACACGUGCACAUGUACAUGCAUGUCGAACACUGUCACACACGCUAAGAUCCAGCAUGUGCAUACAGUACUGCAGUGUGUUGUGGGACACGACCCACAAGACUUUUGAAGCACUCACUAUAGCGUAUGCUGUGUGUAUGCACAGCCUGAUUAGUAGACUUAAGACAUCGGUUGUUGUUAAUUUUUUUUUACAAGCUGACCCUUUACCAAUUUAGUUAUUUUUGUAUUGUUGGAGGUAUCGUCGGUAAAGCUCCGCCACCCUAUAAGCACAACUUGCGCUUCUCGUCCACUUGGGGUGGACGUGGUCGGCUCGCGCUCACCAUGGAGGAUACACCCGCAUAGAGGCCAUCUCGCGCGUGUUGCUCUCAGCCGACCCAGGUGUGGGAAGUGAACGGGAGAUGAGAGGAGAGGCCAAGUAGGAUGUCGAUCGAUUUGUGAAGGCGGUGCGGGGGGAGUGGUUAAGUGUUUCCGACAGGAACGCUUGGGUCCUCCCCAAGGCAACUCUGGUUCCUCCCACGUGCACCAAACAGGAAGGAACAGAACAAAUUGGCCAUACUCUGAUGCAGAGAACCCGCUUGGUCUUUUAUUUGCCCGUAUAAAGAUUUACUCUUGAUGCUCGGUUUAUAGACCGAUUUGUUUGAACGCAAGCGAAUCCACUACUCGCUGGCAGUGGUUGAUGAUAUUUUUUGUGGUAAUUUAAAUAGUGCGUGUUUUCUUAACGUUUGUGAUCGGGCAAAAAUUCGUCAACUCUUUACGAACCAAACAAAGACGCCGUCAUUAGGCAACAGUAGGGCGUGUGUGUCGUGACAUGGGCAUUCAGUGUGGUGUGUUUGUUCAGGUUCUGUAUUGGAUGUGGAAAGUUCCGCGUUGCACGAGUCAUUGGGUUUGUUUCAGGUGUGGGGAUUCAGCGCUGAGCGAGGUUUAUUGGAACAAAUGAAGGUUCUGUGUUUGCGGAGACGAGAGCUCGCUGGUGAUGAACACAGGGACUCUGUUGGAUGCAAGACUGAGGUUCUGCAUUGGAUGAGGGUUAAAAUUUUGGAUGGAUUGCUAUGCCCUGUACUUGGAAACUGUUUUUCCCACAAUCUUAACUUCACAAAUCCGAUGCAUGUUAAUACUUUUUGUUUGGUUGCCACUAACAAUUGACAAAUCGUUUUUGCUAUAAUACACUUUAUGUAAAUAGACACCCCUCUACCCUGCCACUUCAGUGUAAGUGUAACCCAUUUCGUCAGCAAACACGACUUGCGGUUCGUUCAUCGGCAGACCUGUGUGAUGGAUGCAACGUCCCAUGUGGCAUGAAUGAACAACCAGGAUAUGUCCCCACUGAACGGUGACAUGAUUGAGAAGUUGUCAUGUGAGGGCUUAUCAUGGCCGUGGCGCUGUGUGGCGGUCACUUGUGCUGCAGCAGAUGGCACGUGUCUGCUGCUCAGUUAUCCAGGAACUUUGAAAGAAUCGCUCGCAUCAGGAUUACUCCGAACGUACUGCUGCCUCUCCUCGUUUAGAGUAAACGUUGUGCGAUGCAGACCACAUGGCCUCGGCCUGUGUGGAUCCUCAAACGGGCAACCACUUCCUUGUGCGGCGCGAAGAGCUCCCCUCCACAACUCCUGCCCCUGCGUUAUGGGGGUCGCUUGACUUUACCUUGCCACACUGCUCCGUGCGGGUUUGUGGUUGGUGCGGCUUUGUGUGGAAGUCAAGGGGGCCAGGAUCGAUUUCGGAUAACUCUCACCACUGUUGUUUGCUGUGGCCAGGAUUCGAACUUGGGUCGCUGGGUUUAUAGUGCAGUCUGCUAACAAUUGCGCCCAUACUUAACAUCACUUCUGGCUGCCCUGUGGCAGUAAUGCCCGAUUCACGCCGCCUGUCUUAAUUUCGCGACACCGAGCCCCACAACGUUGAAAUCCGGUUUCCACAUUUCCUACUCGGGCCACAGUUUGGUUUAUUUAUCUCUCCACAUUUUUUUAUUGGCAUAAAAUCACGAAGGCGUAACUUGUGGGGUGUCCUUGUACCUCUGUUGUGAGGUGCUUUUUGUUCAUUUGAAUACUCGUCAGAUCGUAAACACUUUAUUAAUUGGAGACCGUGGUUAAAAUGGGCUGGGUAUAUGGCCGAAUGCCAGAGUGGUGCUUCUCACAACGCCAGACACGUACACGGGCUCUUUCCAGAAGAGUUCCUAUUCCUACGCUACAUUGUUUUCUUAGAGGAAACGGCAGUGAACAUGGGCUGCAUGACAAAUGGGUGUCAUAACGGCACUUUUUUAGUCUCCGUUUUGACCACUGAUUAGUGACAUAAUGAGUCCAUCAUAGUGUCUUACGAUUCCAGCAUGGCUGUGUAGGAAUUGUGCCCAUCAUGAACAUACGUUACAUAUUUUCCGAACUCAAGGCUACACCAGUUGUCAUUGCCAAGUUUGUUUUUAAAGAUGGGGUUUGGAAACCGUCCUCCCGCUUUGCGUAAUGUGUGAAAAGCACAGGCUUGUACAUGCCAAGUGUUUAUCUUAAUUCUCUUCACGAAGAUGUGAAGGCGUUUAGUGAAAUAAGUUGUGGUCUCCGCACUUGCUGAUGUUUUGAGUUUUUUUUUAUUGAUUUGUAAUGCAAUGUGAACCUCAUUUUCAGGCCAUGCUGCCAUUGUGGGUGUAAUUGCGGUCCUGGGGCUACGUGUCGUUAAAGUUGCAUUCAAUAGAUGGCUCGUUAUUGGCUCCAUUGUGCAGGUGAGGGAAUUCUAUGACUUUAUAGUCUCGGUAUGAUUAAAAAUGCAAAACGUUUCUUCAAAAGGAGAUGCAACCCAAAAAAUUACUCUCAUCUCCUCGCCGGAACAAUUGUCAAUUCAUCGCAGUGCGGCAGUUAAAAUGUUUUUUUGUAAACAGACUAAUGCCAGUAGGGGCUUCAAAACAUCGAAUUGGACAGGUUCGGUGUUUAGUUUUCACAGAAAGUGUCUUUUUAGGUUGCAUCUUUACAUUUUUACUUGCAGCGUCCACCGAGUUUGCAGAACGUAAUUCUUUUUGGCUGCUAUAAAUUUCCAUAAUGAUAAGCCACUCAAUUGGGUUAUCAUUUGUGGCCAGGUUGCUUCUGAAAAAGAGGUAUGUAGCUUAGUGGGCCUUACCUGGUAAAUAGAAUAAAAAAUGGUUUACUUUUAUCUUGAAGCCUCUCUCCCCCCCCCCCCCCCCCCCCCACUGCACUACAAGGAAUAAAAUUGCAGGGUCGUGGUGGGAUUGUGGCGAUGAGUAUCGACUCUAGAUGGUGGACUUCAAACUCAUUGGCACGACAAUUCCGUCAUUUCUAAUACGGUGACCCCCCCCCCCCCCCCCCAAAGUGCUUGGGAUUAUUAAUGUAGGAAAUCAAAUUGCAAGGCUAAAAACUUCCAAGAGGUCUCUAAUGAUGUAUUUAACCAGGAAUUAAAUGCUACAUCCAAUGCCUAUUUAAAAUCGCAACGUAGGAAGAACUAAGUCUCUCCCUGUUAGAAUGAGUGUGGGGUGUUGCUCAUUUCCUUUGGCAACCCUCAACCAGUCAUGGAAAAAUGUCACAUUCAUAUUGAGGGGCGGCCUCUUGUAGGUGGCAAAAUGGUUGACUCUCCACAGUGAUACUUGUUCUAUCCAGCCCAGCGGGAUAAUGGGUGAUGGGCUGUCGACUUAUGCGAUUUUUUAAAAAACUCACAGCCAAUUAUAUGUCCAAUAUAGCAUCACUUUAUGGAGGCCACAUUCCCAAAUAAAGAACUUGAAAAAUAAAGAGCUUUUUGCAGCUCGGGCUAUACAGCUCAGUAGGCCUUACCUGGUAAAUAAAAUAAAUAAAUAGAACAGUUUAUUUUAACGGUAUACAGCACUGCAACACAAUUCCGGCUGCAAAGUCGUGAAGACGACUUACCUCCCAAUGUUCUGCAAAUUCCCAAGUCGCGAGUGCUGCAAUACUCAAAUUCGUCCAGCAGAGGACACUUUGUAUGGGUGGGGCGGGGGCGGGGGAAUUUAAUCGAAUUAAUCGUACACGUUUCCACUGUGAAUUCAGCAGCUUGAUGGUUAGGUUUAUAUAUAUACACACACGUUCAAAGUGUCUUGAAUGUAACGGAGGCUGUAGUUGUCAACACGUGGUCGCUAUCGCUUGUGGGACCCCAGGCUGUGUGCAGGAGCAGUCUUUGCAGCCUUCACGUCACGAGCAGAACCCACGGUGCAAUGUUAAAUUCAUGAUAUAAGAGCACUACAACAGUUAAUCCAGUUUACUUUUUGCAUCCAUUGUAAAUCGUCCCAUGCCGCUUUGAUAAUUGAUCCCAUUUAUUUUGUUUGAUGGAGAUGCAAUUGCCAGAUAACUAUGGCCAUAUAGAGAUACCAGUUCCCUGUCAUUAUGAAUGGAAUUUGCAACCUCUGACUCGAGGUCACUAACCGUUCAAAAGCUCUAAACCCGUUCUGUACUUAGCAGCUGUGAGCCAGCAAUAUAGAUUCCAAAUUCCUAAUGGUGGUGGCCAGUUUCUCCAUAGGACAGCUACUGUUGUGUCAGAAUUAAAGCUGCGGUCUGCUACGCUGCUCUGUGAAGUUAAGGUUGCAAGGCUGCUGCCGUGCAGCGUUGGCACAGCUACGUUUUAUUAUGAACAUUAUUUAAAUGGGAGUAAAAGGGACUUCUCGUAGAUGUGAACACUUGUGUAAUCUUGUAGGCAACAAACACCGUUUGCAAAACCAUGGAAUGGAUGAAAUUAAAUUUGUUUAAAGGGAGCCACAUUUUUAAAUAUCACAGUUCAUUGCUUUAUUAAUAAUGACUUUUAAUUGACUUUCAGGAGUACCGUCUUCACACACUCGUGACAUUAAUGUGUUGUGAAAUGCCUUUAGCUGACACUUAAGUGAUGUCACUUACGUGCUACGGUGGUGCUUCUGAAAGACACUCAAUUAUAUAAUAUUUCUCAUUUGAGAGAUUCAAACUUGUGUAAGACAGCCCGGCUCGGUCUGUGUGUGUGGCUACACCAGCCGUUUGUAUUUUGGUGGACUCUGUCGGCUUUUGCGGCUUUUCUCAAUUGCAUUCGGUUGAUGUAGGUUCGGUUCGGUGAUGAUGAAAGGGUAGGUUUGCAUUACUCAACACCUUAAUGGGAUGUUUUCACUGUUCAUUUAUGAAACUUUAAACAUGAGAAAAAUAUUUCUUACUUGCACUUUGCUCUAAUGUAUCAGCCUAUUUCUGAGGAUUAAAAAAUGUCUAAUUUGUAUUAAAGAUGUUAUAUUCUGUGGA